AUGCGCUGCUUUAUCAGCCUCGCUCUUGGCCUGCUGGCCCUGGAGAUGGCCCUUGCUCAGAAUCCACUGGAACAAGUCAUCAACUCAGUUUUGUGUGCUGAAGCCAGCUCCAGUGAGAAGACAGAGUGCAGCAACUGUCUCACCAAUGCGGAGUGUGCCCAGAACACCUUGUGUUGUCCCAGCUCCUGUGGUGCUAUCUGCAAAACUCCUGUCAACAUUGAUGCUCCAAAGGCUGGCCACUGCCCCUGGAAUCCAGUCCACAUGAUCCCUGCUGGGCCAUGUCGAGAGCAGAGCUCAUGUUCCAGGGACAGUGAGUGUACUGGCAACAUGAAAUGCUGCAGGGAAGGCUGUGCCAUGAAGUGCAAGAACCCACAAGCAGAGAAAUUCUUCCAGUGA